GGAGAGCUGCAUAAGCAUUGUGCUGCUUCACAUGAAGUUGAACUCAACUCCUACAAAGAACAUGCUGCCCAAAUUCAGCCUGUCAAAAAGCCAUCUAAUGUAUCUCAGUGUGGUUGGGAGCCAUUUGAUAAGAACAACUACAAACAGUUACUGGGAGCACUGGAUUACUCGUUUCUGUGUGCGUAUGCAAUUGGAAUGUAUUUAAGUGGAAUAAUAGGAGAACGACUACCUAUCCGGUACUAUCUGACAGUCGGAAUGCUUGCUAGUGGACUCUUCACUGCAAUGUUUGGAUUGGGUUAUUUCUAUAAUAUACAUAAUCUGUGGUUUUACAUAAUGGCCCAGAUAGCUAAUGGGUUGGUGCAAACUACUGGCUGGCCAAGUGUCGUUACAUGUAUUGGCAACUGGUUUGGAAAAGGAAGGAGAGGUUUGAUCAUGGGAAUCUGGAAUUCACACACUUCAGUGGGAAAUAUCUUGGGAUCCUUAAUUGCUGCUUAUUGGGUGUCUACCUGCUGGGGUCUCUCGUUUGUGAUGCCUGGUGUUAUCAUUGCUGUGAUGGGGAUUGUUUGUUUCCUGUUUCUUAUUGAACAUCCUAAAGAUAUAAGUUGCUCCUGCACACCAUCCAGUAGUUCUAAAACCAUCCUGAACGGUGCAUCUCGAUUCAGAGUCCAGAUGCCAACCUUAAAUGCUAAGGAAACCAGCAAACCUCAGGAUCCAGAGAUGCAGCAUUUGCUUAUUGAUGGUGAAAAUUGCAGUGUAUCACUGAACGCCAGCAGUGUGGCCACCGGUGAAGGCAGACAUGGGACGUCAGCUAUAAGCUUCCUUGGAGCCUUGCGAAUACCGGGAGUCAUAGAGUUCUCCCUUUGUCUGCUGUUUGCAAAGCUGGUGAGCUAUACUUUCCUCUUCUGGCUUCCCCUCUAUAUCACAAACGUAGAGCAUCUUGAUGCCAAAAGAGCUGGUGACCUUUCUACACUGUUUGAUGUGGGUGGAAUAUUUGGUGGAAUUUUGGCAGGCCUGAUUUCAGACAGGCUAGAGAAGAGGGCAUCGACCUGUGGAAUGAUGUUACUGCUUGCGGCACCCACAUUGUACAUGUUCUCUGCAGUCAGUAAAAUGGGCCUUGAGGCUACUGUAGUGAUGCUGCUUAUCAGUGGUGCCCUGGUGAAUGGCCCUUACGCGCUGAUCACCACUGCUGUCUCUGCUGACUUGGGUACCCAUAAAAGCCUGAAAGGGAAUGCAAGAGCCUUGUCCACAGUGACAGCGAUCAUCGACGGAACGGGAUCUGUAGGUGCAGCUUUGGGGCCUCUCUUAGCUGGUCUUAUUUCCCCAUCUGGUUGGAACAACGUGUUUUACAUGCUCAUGGUAGCAGAUGCAUGUGCCUUGCUAUUCUUACUCCGUCUUAUUCAGAAGGAACUUCGGUGUUACGCAGACCAUAGCCUGUAA